CCUGAAUCUGGACCCUCUGGUGCGGUGGUGGUAUCUGGGCUACUACAUCCCCAACACCUGCAAAAUCCCUAAUGAAGGAUGUGUACGAAGCACAGAACGACCAGACAAACGACGCGCGCCCUGUCAGCGAAGUCCCUCAUCAUGACGUCGCAGUUCUCCCGCCGUGGUAUCGCAGGAAGGUCGCCAUGUGGCAAAACGAGAGUACGCUCGGCAUCCCACAGGAGAGUUCACCCGACGUACCAUCAUCGCGCCCCGACACACCUGCACCGAAACGCACGCCAGUCGCACCGAAGCCCUCUCAGGACAGGAAAUCCGGCGGCUCUUCGACAUCCGCGAAGAAGCGACCGCCCCCCUCGAGUAGGAAACGCACAAGAGAUGAUCCGGCGCCUAACACAGACCCUCCGAAGAGACAAUUACGCAGCAGGACGCGCUCUCAGGUUCCGCGAACAUCCGCAAGACCUGGAGGAAAGAAUGCAGCCGCAAAAAUCCCUGCUACAGUCAGGGCAGCGGACGACGACGACUCUGAUCUGGACGCACAAGUGGUCGCAUCGAUGCUCACCGAUUCAGCCACCGACGUCAUUUGAGAAGUGAGACUUGAGGCAGGUAGAACCGCCAGCUCCUAACGAGCAGCAUCGCAUCAUCAGCGGAAACCAGACUAUCGCAGGGUCAGGUCUUCGCUCACAGAGCACUAUCCUAGUCGCCAUACGACCCUAGUAUGUCUUAUUACUUAGUCUAUGACUCCACCUGCUAUGUACAGGCCCGCGGAGCAUUUAUGAGGAUCAU